GACAUGUUCGGAUUGUUUGCAACGAUGGCUCCGAAUGCGGCGGAUAGGCGCGGGACGGACGGAGCAACGGGGAGCUUCGGCGGGGGACGGGGAUAUUCAACUUGUACCUGCACAAGAGUGACCAAGGCACACAGAACGAGGUUGGUGUGCGUGAAGCCAAGCAAGGAACAACAACGACAAAGGUAGAACGUGUGGAGCUGCUGGAGCGUGAUCCUUUGCCGAGUCCCUUCCCGCUCUUCCGUCCCACACUUGGGGAGCUGUCCGUGCGGUCACUGCAACUUGCACGACAUUUUGUGAAGGGUGCAACGAGACGGGGAUGAUGGUGAACGACGCGGCCGCUUUUGGCGACAGGUGCAUGGGCAGACGGCUGAAAGGUAGACGAGGUGACCAUAGUGGAUGGCUGGCGGUGGUGAUGACGGUUGUGGCGACACUGGCGGUGGUGGUGGCUGUGGCGAAUGGGCAGUGCCUCACGCCUUUGGCCGAGUCUGCGGUCCUUGUCGACAAAACGACUGCCAUCAAUGACGUGAUGGACCGGGUGACCGGCGUGGGCGUGGGCGACUUUAACAAUGACGGGUUUAUGGACAUUGCCGGGUGCGGCGAGAAAGCGGUGUUUGUGAUCAUGGGCAAGAACACGACCGAGGCUGCAGGUGUGCCGCAGUUUGAGACACGGACCAUCGUCGAAGCUUCGGAUCGAUGGCGGACGAUUGCGGUGGGUGACAUGGACAAUGACAACACGACCGACCUCAUGGCAUCGAACAAUGGUGAUGGAGUGUUUGUCUGGUUUAGCGACGGCAAUGUUGAUGUGUCAUGGACUAAGGUGAUGGCGAUAGGCGAUACGCCGGUGGACUCGGGCAAGUUCUUCUACUUUGACAUUGCUGAUGCCGACGGCGACGGCGAUCUUGACGUGGUGGCCGGGAUGGGUGACCAGCAGAACGUGCGUGUUGCCAUCAAUCUUGGAUCGCGGGUAUUUGCUCCCGCGACCGACGUGGGCGCACUCCCUGCCGUGCCACAGCCCGGCACCGGCGUGGUGCGGUUUGUCGACGUGGACGACGACGCGCUGAUCGACUUGCUGGUUGUGGGCGGUGAGGUGUUCAACUCGGCGUUGUUCUUGCUCAAGGCAAGUGCGCCGCUAACCUGGGGAGCACCACAGGAGCUGGUGCGGGCGACAACCGGCGAGUCAGUUGGCAACCCUCUCAUGUUCGACGUGGGGGAUUUUAACAGUGAUGGCAGUGUCGACAUUGCAGUGAUCUUUGCCAAGCUGACUGGAGAGCUCACCAUGUUUCUCAACGACGGGACGGGGGUCUUUUCGCAGCAGCCUACGGUGGUGGCUGGCAAGCGACCAAAGGCAAUCAAAGCGGUGGACAUUGACGGCGAUGGACUGCUGGACCUGGCAGUGGGCUCUGGCUCUGGCGGCACCAACUUGUUUGGCAUGUACAACUUGAUGACUGCCGGCGAGCCGAGCACGUUUUCCAUUGGCGCCACGGUGGUGCUCAUGAACGACAUUGAUCUGGUGACGCAGAUCGGGGUGGUGGACAUGAACUUUGACGGCGCUGUUGACUUUGUGGCCAACUCUGAGGACCAGGACGAGAUCUGGCUCAAGGUCAACACGCGACUUGCCAAUCAGCUGCCGGUCAAGGUUGUCGAGUCGUCGGCGCCAUCGACGCGUGUCAAGCUCUUGGACGGAGACACCGAUGGCGAUCUCGACAUGAUGGUGGCGCUGGACGGGCUGGGGGCAGCCAACGGGAACGACCUUGGCGUCGGCAUGUACGAGAACUCUAAUGGCGAUGGAGCUUUUGUAGCACCCAAGACCGUUUUUGUCAUCUCCAACUCAACGUCUGGCUCGGUCUCGGACUACUGUGCCACUGAUUUUAACGGUGACGGCGUGGUUGACUGGCUUAUCCUCCACGGUACGCAGGGCAAGACCGGGCCUGGGGCCUAUCUCAAGCUUGUGCUCUCAUCGCAGGGCGAGACUGUGAGCGCGGCCGCAAACCAAGUUCCUCCAGGCUACGGUGAGCAGGUUGACCUGACGAGGCUGCUCCAUCCUGUGCGCGGGUACCUGAGCUCAGGCGGGGUCGAGUGCGUGGAUCUGGACGCCGAUGGCGACGUUGACUUUCUGGUCACGGCGCGCCACGAGCAAAAGGUGUUCUGGAUCGAGAACACCGACGGAAGCGUUGAAGGCCUGCAAGCAUUCUCGUCCGACGUUGUGGCCGGGCCAAGCGUUUCGAAUGCCGGUGGUAUCGACGUUGUUCGUGUCGGUGACAUGAACGGCGACGGGCAUGUUGAUUUGGUGUACGGAGCGACAGAAGUCGACACGUUGGUGAUGAUGACUGGGACCGGGCUAGCUGGCGCGGGUAUGUUCAACUCUUACACGGUCCUGUACAACGGGACCGUGUUCAUGGUUGAGGGGCUGUACACUGGCGGCAAGGUGAUCUCGCAGGGCAUUGCCGAUGUUCUGCCUGUAGACAUUGACAGCGACGGCGACCUCGACCUUGUUGUGGGUGACUCAUGCUGCCGCAACAAUGAUGCGCUCGGUCUCGAACUGAGCUUUGAGCCUGCGUGGCUCUACAUGGAGAACUUGGAUGGUGGGACCACGUUUGGGCUGGUCAAGCGGCCUGGCGUGCUGUUCACCAAGACGGUGGCGACACUCGACGCCAAUCUCGACGGCAACGCCGACGUUGUGCUCCUCACCGAGUUUCUUAGUAAGGAGGUCGUGCUCGAGCUCGGCGACGGUAGUGGCGGCUUUACUCGGACGGUCCUAGUCUCGGGCAACGAGCUGUCAGGAACGAUGGCCAUCGGCGACAUUGACGGAAACGGGCUGCUCGACUUUGCCUUUGCCGGGCGGGUCGGCUCGGGCGUGGUCUCUGUCUUUAAGCGAAGCACAGUGAUGAUUCGGUUCCCGCCGCCGGCCGACAUGGUGACAGUGGAUGUGGGCGGGUGCGGAUACCGGAUGGCGUGCGUGGCUGUUGCGAUUGGCGAAUCGCCGCGAUGCACCUCGCGGCGCGUUGUUCUGCCACCGGGGGUGUACACCGGGUGCUUUGCGGUUGCGCCGAUCACCAUUGCCAAGAAGAUCGAAAUUGUGGUGGGCGGGCCGGCCGGGACGAGGGCCACCAUCGACUGCCGGGCUUCUGGCGGCGUACUGUUCCACGUGGUGGAGGGCGGCAAGCUGAGCCUGUCGAACCUGGACGUAGUGGGGACGAGUCAGGCGCCCAAGUCUGCCUUUGGCUCGACCGCUCUCCGAGUCUCUGACGGUGGUGAGCUUGAGCUGCGGGCGAUGAGCUUUGCAGACUCGUUUCCACGGCCGGACGCCAGCUAUCCUCUGUUCGGCCUCUUCCUUGGCGGCUACGGUGGAGCGGUGGCUGUGGAGACCGGCGGGACGCUUACUGCGAUGCACUCAAACUUUACCCGUGUCCGUGCGCUUCAGUCUGGCGGAGCGAUUGCGGCGCUGGGCGAGCAGCCGCGUGUCACGCUCAGCGACUGUCUGUUUGUUGGAUGCUCGGCGGCCAACGGCGGCGGCGGUGCCGUGUAUGUAGAAGCCACCAAGUCGGCAAUAGUGACGCUUGAGCGGUGCAAGAUGCGUGACAACGUUGCGCGGGCUGGCGGAGCGCUCUUUGCUGCGCUCGACGCGUCUUCUGUGACAGUGUCGGCGUCGACGAUUGAGGGUAACUCUGCGACGUGGGGCGGGGCGGUGGCGACUUCACAUGCCUCCCAGGCCGAGAGGUUCCUCUCGAGUCUUGCGCUCGGCACGCUCCCUCUGGUCUCGUCGGCGGCAUCGGGUUCUGGGGUGACGUUGACCUCGACGGUGGUGAGCGGUAACUCGGCGACGUAUGGCGGGACGUUUGCGCUUUGUGAAGAGUCUGUUUUUGUCGACGGAGGAAGCACGGUGGCUGAUUCGAGGGCGUCGCGAUGUGGUGGGGUUGCGUUUGAGUGCGGGGCGAGCGGUGUGGCGCGAUCGCCACAGCUGGCGUCGCUGGCUUGGCUGACCGGGGCGGGUGUGAGCAGCAUCGCAGCCGACGCCGGAAGUGCGGGCCUCUUUGGGCCGCAAGUCUGCUCCGGGCCGGUGGCCAUUGGCUUUGCGCAGGCGCUGCGCGAGAGCCUGCCGGCCGGCAACCGACUGGGCAGCGCUCCAGUGUUUGCGCUCGAUGCAUUUGGGCAGGACGUGGUAGAUCCGGCGACCAACGUGGAGAUUGGGAUUGUGGGAAGCGAAGCAAGCUCGUUUGAGCUCAAAGAUGCGGACCGAAGUGCUGUGCUUGGGCCGGGCGGAGUCGACUUUGGCCUGCUCACUCUUGUGCCGACGUUUCCAGUCGAGAGUCUUGCGGACCUCGGGCGCAACGUAACUCUCCGUGUUGGUGGCGAGAGCGUCAUCUCUGCCUUUGGUGCAAUGGCGAGCGUGGUUGUGAGCGGGUGCCCGGCCGGGCAGGGAGGUGGGAGCCGAGCUGUAGAUGGGCUCUUUGCUUGCUCGCUUUGCUCGGCCUUCCAGUCGUCCACAGUCGAGUCUGUGGCGCCUUGCUCGGGAUGUCCGCCGGGCCAGUUCCGCGACGAAGGCUCUGCGGGAUGCAUCAGCUGCCCGCGGCUCUCUGCGCAAGUGCUAGACCGCGACGACAACUCGAGCUCGGCAUCGACGCUGCUAGAGCUGUGCGAGUGCGUGGCGGGAGCAUACUCGCCGAGCGGAAGGACGGGCGUGCCAUGCGACGAGUGCCCCCAGGGCGGGAGGUGUGCGGGCGGAGUUGCGCGGCCGGUGGCAGCGUUUGGCUUUUUCGACGUCUCGCCAGGAUCUGUGGGGACCAAGUUUGCGCGGUGCCCGCGGGAGGAGGCGUGCGUAGGCGGGCUGGAAGUGUGUAAUCCCAAGUACACCGGGUACAUGUGCCGCGAGUGUGUGGCAGGCUAUUACUCGGACUCUGACAAGCGAUGCCGCAAGUGCCCGUCGCAGGCGUACGUUCCACUGGUCAUGUUCUUCAUGCUCCUUGUCGCGAUUGCGUUUGGAGUUGUGGGCCUCACGGCGUAUGCGCACGUCCAGUUUGACUCUGACGAGGACGUGCGCAAAUCCCAGCGGCAGCGAAAGAUUCCGCACUCGUUCACACUUGCGAUUGUGUUUUUCCAGAUUCUGGGCAUGGUGGGUAACCAGCAGUUCAACUGGCCGUCGAGCGUGAGCCGGACGCUUGCGGCGACCAACGUAGUCAAUUUGGACGUCAACAUCUUUGCGUCCGAGUGCUCGCUGGUCUCGUUUGACGGCAAGUACCUGGUCUCAAUCCUGUACCCGCUGAUGUUCAUGGGCGCUGUGUGUGUGGCGCUGGUGCUGUUCAAGCUGCUCCGGGCCUCGCUCCCGUGGUGCACGCAGACGUUCCCGGAUCUGCCACUUGUGCAGCUGCUGGAGCGAAUUGUGUUCCUCAUGGGCUCGCUGCUGUACAUUCCGCUCUCGCGGUCGUCUCUGCUCCUGUUUGACUGCGUCAAGCUUCCGGACGGCAAGUUCUAUCUCGAUGCGGACCUGGGGCGGCGGUGCUACGACUCUGCGUGGUUCACGCUCAUGCCGUGGGGCAUGCUCGCCGUACUAGUGUACAUUGUGGCGGUGCCGGUUUACUUUGGCUUUACGCUCUUCCGGCACCGGCACGAACUGUUCCAGCCUGCCGUGCUGGCGCGUUACGGGUCGAUCUAUCGGCUGUACCGGGUGCGAUUCUACUACUUUGAGCUUGUGCAACUGUUCAAGCGGCUUGUGGUUGUCUUUUGCUCGCUCUUUGUUUCGAACCACCAGACGUGGCUUGUGGCGCUGCUCCUUGCGGUCUUCCUCACCUCUGCGUUUGCGCAGCUGCGGUACGAGCCGUACUACCAUCCGAUCUACAACACGCUCGAGAUCCAGCUCAACGUCAUCAUCUCUGUGGUGGUCAUGCUCGGCUUUGUCUUUUACGCAGACCUUUUCAAACGCGCGUGGUCGCGGCAGGCGUUUAUCGGACUCACGCUGGCCGUCAUUUUUGGCUCGCUCGUCCUUGUAAUUGCGACAAUGGUUGUGGAGAUCCGGUCGAUUCUCAAGCAGGUGACCGGACAGGCGCAGUUUAUCCAUGACGUCCGAGUCCAGCGGUUCUGGCGGGUGGUGGAGCACGAAGCGCCCGACUGGUCAGACCCGUCGCUUCGGCACCAGCUCAUGGAGGUCAAGUCGCACUUUAUCGCUGACGAGCAAGCGAGCAAGGCCGAGUUUGAGCGACGGCGCGACUCGACAGCGAUUACCAAGCGCAACUCAUUGGCUGUGCUUGGCGACGAUGGCGACGGGGUGGACGACGGGAUUCUGCUUGGCGAUGUCGAUGCUUCGUUCUUCCAGGUCGAGUCGCCAUAAACAGCGUGUCAGGUA